AUGCUCGCCCGCCACGUCCUGACCAAGUCCCGCGCCAUCACGGCCGCCUGCGCCAAGCGCUCGUUCUUCCGCUCGUCCUAUGUGAUGACGGAGAAGAAGGAAGGCGAAGGCGAGACCGCCGCGCCUGCCGCCGAAGAGGCUGCGCCCGAAGACCCGGUUGCUGUUCUCACCGCCGAAGUCGAGGCCUUGAAGGCCAAGAACGCCGAGCUCAGCGACAAGGUUCUCCGCGCCUUGGCGGAUGCUGAGAACGUCCGCCGCAUCUCGCGCCAGGACGUGAACAACGCCCGCGAAUUCUCCAUCUCCAAGUUUGCCAAGAGCCUCUUGGACGUCUCGGACAACCUCAAGCGCGCUCACGAGAGCAUUACGCUCGAGGAAAUGUCGCCGGAACACAGCUUGGUCGCGAUCAAGUCGCUCCACGAAGGCGUCGUCAUGACGGACAAGGAGUUGCAGAAGGUCUUUGGCUCGUAUGGCAUCAACAGCAUCGGUGCGGUCGGCGACAAGUUCGACCCGAACUUCCACGAGGCCAUGUUCGAGUACCCGGACGAGACGAAGACGCCUGGCACCAUUGGCCAGCUCUUGAAGGUUGGCUACUCGAUCCACAGCCGCUGCUUGCGGCCGGCGCAAGUGGGCAUCAUCAAGGCCCCGCCGCCCAGCAAUAAGCACCUCACACCCUAA